AUGUUCGCACUCAAGUCGCUCUCGUCGUACCUCUUCAGCAACUCUAGCAAGGAGAACAUCGCCGAACUCAACCAGGGCUGUCUCUACAUCGUCCGACCACAAUCACCAAAAGGCUACAGCGAGCUCAUCUUCAAGGACGCGGCCGCAUACAUCCGUAAGACUGGCCAGGACUUCCAGUAUCAGCUCGUGAUCCAGCGCGCAUACGAGGAGGGAGAGGCGGAGCUCUUGGACGAAGAGGGCGGAGAGGAAGGUGCGAUCGACACACUUGGCGACAAGGACGAGAAGGUCUUUCUACUCGACGAGGAGCUGCACUUUCGUGUGCUACUGCGACAGGACGGAGAGAUUGUGCUAGCCUGGAACGACUUCUCCGGCGACGACGGCGAUCUGUUCGAGUUCGUUUGCGACCCCUCCACGAAACCAGAGACUGCAACCACCUUCGAGCUUGUAGCCGUACAGUGCCAGUACGAGCGCAAGUACAAGAAGAGCCGGCAACACGCGACAGAGAAGCAACUCGAGGAGUUUCAGUUCGACGACGAGCCAGUCCCCGCUGCGAGCCCAGUUGCCAGUCCUACCUCGCGCUCCCCGACCGUCUCACCUAUUGCCCAAUCUCUGAACGACCUGCGCACGAUCGAAGACUCUCCGAUGGCUCGCGACUCCACCAAGAAGGCGCUCGCGCCUCAGAGCAGAGCCGUCGAGCAGACACCUACCAAAGCCCCAGCACCCCGCGAAGCACCCAAGAGCAGGGAAGUGCUGGUCAACCAAGAGGCUGAGCUGCAUUUGUUCGACUUUCAGUCAGGCACAUUCUUGCUCCAAGAUCCAGAUGUCCAGGCUAUCGUCACCGAGACGGGCAACUGGACGUAUUGGCUGCAGAUCACUGGCGACAAGAAGCAGUGGCUUGGCCAGGAGGUAGUGCCAGACAUCAAUCCCGUCUUCAACUUCGAGUACUUGAGCUUCAUCUUCAAUCACUACACCGAGGAUGGCUCGGCGUACUCAUGGCUGCUAAAGUUCAAGGAUCGAGAGACUGAAGAGGGGUUCCAGGAAGGUUUGAUGCAAGCACUUUGGGAGCAUUUGAACCAGACAAAGUGGGGCAAGGCAGUUAAGGAUGCCGAGCGAGACUACGUUCUGGAUGCUUUCAACGAUCUGGUGCUUGAAGAUACCAAGGACGACGAGCGUGAGCGUGAGGCCGCAGAAGAGGACGAAGAAGAGGACGAGUUCGAGGAUGCCGUCGAUCGACCAGAGACACCCGACUACGACGAAGAUGAGGACGAGGAUGAGGCGGAAGGUCUGGACAAGGACGGAAACGUGAACAGCCAGCUGGCAGUCGGCGCGAAGAUUGAUAGAUCGUUUGUGGUGCGCGGUAACAAGAUUGGAGUGUUCAGGCACAACGACGACAACAAGUUGGAGUUCAGCACCGCCAUCAACAACGUCGCAACACCAAAGGGCAAGUCAUUCUCGCCAAAGAAGGUCAUGCUGCACAUGUCAGACCGCAAUAUGGUCCUCCAGAAUGAGAGCGACCCCAACAGCCUCUAUCGCAUGGAUCUCGAGACUGGCAAGGUCGUCGACGAAUGGAAGGUGCACGAUGAUAUUACGAUCAACACCUUCGCGCCGGAGAACAAGUUCGCUCAGACCACAGACGAACAGACCUUCCUGGGUCUAUCGAAGAAUGCUCUGUACCGCGUCGACCCACGUCUCAGCGGAAACAAGCUAGUCGACAGCGAACUGAAGCAGUACGUCAGCAAGAACGAGUUCUCCGCCGCAGCCACCACAGAGAAGGGAUACAUUGCCGUCGCCUCCAACAAGGGUGACAUUCGCAUGUUCGACCGCCUCGGAAUCAACGCAAAGACUGCAUUGCCGGCGCUCGGUGACCCGAUUAUUGGCAUGGACGUCAGCGCAGACGGUCGCUGGGUGCUUGCCACUACCAAGAACUACCUUCUCCUCAUCGACGCGCUGCAGCACGAAGGCAAGAACGAAGGCAAACUUGGCUUCGAGAAGGCGUUUGCGAAAGAUAGCAAGCCCCAGCCUCGCCGCCUUGUUCUCACACCUUCGCAUGUUGCGCAAUUCCAGCAUGAGACCAAAGCGCCAAUCUCCUUCACUUCGGCUCGUUUCAACACUGGUGAGGGCAAAGACGAAACCACCAUCAUCACCGCUACCGGACCAUUUAUCGUCACGUGGUCACUGAAGAAGAUUCUACAAGGAAGGAAGGACCCAUACAGCAUUAAGCGUUAUGCAGAGGAAGUGAAGGCCGACAACUUCCGUUUUGGGUCUGAUAAGAACAUCGUGGUUGCCCUCCCAAAUGAGGUGGAUUCAGUGAGGAGGGCACAGCUACAGCGCCCAACACGUGACUCCAUUAUGGCGCCUCCUGCAACACCUCACCGCAAAGGCCGCGGGAGCUAUCUCAGCAGGAACGAGAUCGUCAACUCACCUUACUGA